AGGAAGAAAGAAAAAAAACGAAGCGACAUUGAAAAUUGGUCCCGCACCAGUUGGGAUAUAGAAAGUCCCAUUUCAGCAAUUUUACACUUACCUGAAAACGACAGGGCUAGAAAACGAGAGAGAACAACACACACACACAAUAAUAUAACAUAUAUGUGUACGUGUGGAUAUUGCUGUUGGUUUGUUUGCCAGGUAACAUGUUCGACGCUCAGCCAGCGAGACGCUUACAACAACAGCGGAUCACCAAAAUGGAUCCACAUAUAUUGCAAGCGAAUGGCGCUAAUUUUAUAAAUGUACGCGACAAAUCGCUUUGGAACGGAAAGGAGCCGGCCAUGUUGCUCACAGCGUGGACACAAACCACUGGCGAGGAUUUUGAAUUGUUGCGCGUCCUCGAUCAGCAGGAUACCAAUUUGGAGGCGGAGAAUCAUGCGUUGCGCGAAAAGGUGCGCUACCUGGAGGCUAAGCUGCAGGAGCACACGGAUCUCUUGUCCCAAAUACAUGAAACAUCGGCACGCAUGCAAUCGGCAAUGUCAACAGUUGUCGCCACAUCGCCAUCGCCACCAACAGUGGCGCCAUUAACACAACAACAGCCACAGAUUCUGACACCGCCCAGUUCGGUGAUAUGUGCAGCUGCCCCAGCCUCCACGGCGGGGCAAUCCCAGCAGCAUCCCGAGGUGAUUGACUACAAGAUCAUUAAGGGCGACGAUGCGGAUGCCAUCGAGAUACGCCUGGCUGCAGAGAGCUUGAACAGUCUGAGCACAUCGGCUGACUCGGAUCGCUUGGAGAUCUGCCUGGGCAACGAGGAGCACCAGCAGUAUGGCAAGCGUGAAUCCUCCACAGGGCAUUUAAACAAACGCUGCAAACUGGAGCUGCAGGAAAACAAUAACAAUAGCAUUCGGACAACGUCGACACCACAGUCGCACAAUGUCCAGUACAAGCUGCCCACUCGACGCAGCUACAGUCGCCCCAAGGAAUCUUAUUUGCCGCAGCAGCAACAGCAGUUGACUGACAAUGUGAUGGUGUCCAUUGGACCGAAUGAUACUCGCGUCCCGGCCAGCAUCUUUGAGAAUAUCAAUUGGUCUGUUUCCUCGCUGGCCACUCGCAAACUGCUGGUGGCCAUUUUUGAUCGGGAAAUGUUGGCGACGCACUCGAUGUCGGGGAAACCGUCGCCGGCAUUUAAGGGUCAGCACAAGCCGCUCAAGCCAAUGCUCGAUCCGCUCAAGGUACAGGACAUCAUCUUUGCGGUGACCCACAAAUCGAAUGCCAGCGAAAAGGAAGUUCGCAAUGCGAUCACAACCAAAUGCGCCGAUGAGAAUAAAAUGAUGAGGGUCCAAAAGUUCAUACGCUGCGGCAACGUCGACAACAAGGAGAAUAUCUCAUACACAACACUUUAAGAAAUUUAAGAAAACAAACAAAAAAAAAACAAUUGCCAAAAAAGUAUCAAAAG